AUGCCUAUUGCACCAAUCACUGGCAAACUUAGAAAGAGACUGUGGCUCGACCUUUCGGUCGCCCUUGGUCUCGGCGUCUCAUCUGCUUAUGCUUUUUGGUAUGGCGUACAUCUCAAGUCUGUACAAAGGCAGGAGGAGUUUUACUUCAAGCUGGAGCGGGCAAAA